UGGCUGGCAUCCUUUUUCGCCGAGUUCUUUCAAACAGCCGAUACGCACAGAGCCUUGCCCGGGACCUGGGUGAUUCGGAUCUGUAGCCCUGAGCGAAGUGACCACACGGGGUUGGAAAGCCUACGGAAAGAGUGAGGGACGCAGCAUGCAGUGGAUAAACAAGAGAAAGUAGAGUCUGGACUGGUAGAGAGGGAGAUCCUAUUUUAUUUGGGUAUCAAUUUGAGUCCGUUGCGCAAAGAAGGAAAGGGUGUAUGCGUAUGGAUUUAGUUUGAAGGGCGAGUGCGUUGAGCAGAGGGAGAGUGUAAUUGGGAUGAGAGCUCAAGUCAGGGAACCAGCAGGUCUGACAUUCAAAGCCUCUUAACGGCAGGUGGAGGGAAGACCGACCUGGUGGAGUGAGAGUGUUUUUUUUCUGAGGAGAGACCCACCCUGGACACCGCACCAAGAGGGAGAAGCCGGGGAGAGGGGUCGAGGAGGGGCGGGCAGGCAGGAGGAACUCCCCACGGGGAACAAUACAAGUAAGGCAAUAAUGCUUUCUCUCAAGCCUAGUACGAAACGAUGAACUGGCGCUUAAAGGUAGCUGAGAAAGGAAUAUUAUAGAGAAGAGGGGGAUACUGCGUCGUUUUUUGUCCUCGAUCCUGUGACGUUGAGAUGGAGAGAGAAAGAGCGCACGGACGAAAGCCGGUUGAUCGCUGCAGCGGAGGUGCGAGGAGCAGCGCCAGGACAGAGAUGAGGAGAGAUCGGCGCCGGAGACAGCAGUGGACCGUGAUUUUUCUCGUCGCCCUCGCUCUGCAACCGCAGGCUGUGUGUGCAGUGGGGAUGUUUGAGCUGCAGAUCCGUCACUUCCAGAACCCCCAAGGUGUGCUGCAGAGUGGGGAGUGCUGCGACCUCCAGGCCACCGAGGGGCAGCGCUGCUCUCUCGGGGACCAGUGUGACACCUUCUUCAAGGCCUGCCUCAAGGAGUACCAGGCCCGCGUCGUCCCCACCGGAGCCUGCACCUUCGGGGUGGGCAGCACCACCGUCCUGGGAGGCAACACCCAAUCCCUCCGUCAUCGAGGUCACGACGCAGGAGGAGGAGGAGGAGGGGAUGGCACUACAGGACACAUUGUCAUUCCCUUCAAAUACGCCUGGCCGAAAUCGUUCUCCUUGGUGUUAGAGGCUCUCGACCAUGACAACGAAACAUCAGAAUCAGGUCAGGCUGGUCUGAUCGAGCGUGUUCUCCUGUCCUCCAUGUUGAAUCCUGGCGAGCAGUGGCAGAUGUACCGUCACCACGGACGCGCGCUCAGCCUUGAGUACCGCCUGCGUUACCGCUGUGACUCCAACUACUACGGCCCCUUCUGCAACAAGUUCUGCCGGCCCCGGGACGACUUCUUCGGACACUUUGACUGUGACGUCAACGGCAUCAAGGUCUGCAAGGAGGGCUGGACCGGACCGGAGUGUCGAGAAGCGGUGUGCAGACAGGGCUGUCACCAGAUCCAUGGAUCCUGCACUGUGCCUGGAGAAUGCAAGUGUCACUAUGGCUAUGAGGGUGCUCUGUGUGACCAGUGUAUGACGUUCCCAGGCUGUGUCUAUGGGAGCUGCGUUGAACCCUGGCAGUGUGUGUGUGACGUCAACUGGGGAGGCCUACUGUGUGACAAAGAUCUGAACUACUGCGGUACCCACCAGCCCUGUAAGAAUGGGGGCACCUGUUCCAACACAGAGCCUAACGAGUACCAGUGUGAGUGCCGAGAGGACUUCCGCGGGCGCAACUGUAAUAUCGUGGAGCAUGCGUGUUUCUCCUCCCCCUGUGUGAACGGGGCCACCUGUGCGGAGGAACCGUCAGGUUUCAGCUGUGUCUGUGCGGACAACUGGACCGGACACACCUGCGCAGACGCGGUGCGGCAGUGUGACUCAAACCCGUGUGGGCGCGGGGCGACCUGCCAGGAGUCUCCAGAGGGGUUCCGGUGCCUCUGCCCCCCUGGCUGGACUGGCAGAACCUGCCAACUAGACACCAACGAGUGUGACAUGGGUGUGUGUGUCCAUGCCCGCUCCUGCCGUAAUCUGAUUGGUGGAUACCUGUGCGAUUGCCUGCCAGGCUGGGCGGGGCCUAACUGUGACAUCAGGAACAGCAGCUGCCAGGGGUUGUGUCUAAACGGAGGUCGCUGUGAGGACUCUGUGUCAGGCUCACACUGCCUGUGUGUACCUGGUUUCUCUGGGAAGCACUGCCAGACUGGCCCCAGUCCCUGUGAUAGCACCCCCUGUCAGCACGGAGGCCAGUGUGUGGACAAGGAGGGCAGGGCGGAGCUGUGUAGCUGUCCCAUGGGCUACUCAGGGACCUACUGCGAGAUGGUGGUGGAUCUGUGCAAUCCCAACCCAUGCCAGCAGGGGGUGCCCUGUCAGAGUGCCGACGGGGGGUACACGUGUGCCUGCCCCGAGGGUUACUAUGGUAAUGAGUGCACGAGCCUUAAGGACCCUUGUCAUGGCCAACACUGUCCAGGUGCCAUGUCAGACCCGGCUCGUGGAGGGGUCAAUCGCUACAUGGUGUUGGUGGGUGUGUCAGCGUUAGUAAUGGCGUGUGGCUGCGCAGCCUGCGCCCUCCUCCUCUCCCGUCUCCACCGACGACGGAAAAAGACGCAGGGCGGGCCCCAGGAGGAGGGCAUCAACAACCAGAGGGAGUUCGUCACCCUCGUCCGAAACCUGGACCGCCCCGCGCCCCUCCUGCCACCUCUCACCCCCAACACCACCGCCCACACCCCUGUCCCUGUACCGCGCUUCUGCGAAGAGAUCGAGCUCACUCUGCCCCCCUCCCCGGCCCCCUCACACCCCUCCCCUGCACUCAAACCAUCAAACCACGCCCCCAAACAGGACAUCUCCAACCGUGAGAGGGAGAAGCUCAACCGCUUCCACUACUCAGACAAACAGGAACUGGAGGUGUGACCUUUGGACCUUUCAACUGUCUAGAGGCUUUUAUUUUUUUGUGCCCGCUUCUCUCUGACCGGGCCCUGGCCCUGGACCCCGACGCCGUGCCAUGUUGCACAGGUUCCUGUGGUGAUGACCUCACCCUGACCCAUCCCUUUGUGAGUUGACUCCUCAUCUUUUGUAAGCUGAUAUUGUCAUCUGCUAAAUGGCAUAUAUUAUUGUUGUAGAAUGCUGGGCCUACAAGGUAGCUAAGCAGAUCUAUUUUGGGGCCCGACCUUGCCAACAUCAAGAAACAGCAUGGCGGGGAACUUUUUACAUCAUACCCUUCCGAACUGCUGACCCCGGAGCUAAUCUUAUGAGGGUUGGCCUUUGAGUUAGAGUCUGGCCUGUGUCUGAGUGUCUCUGUGUUGUAUGGGGACUCAUGUAGACGGGAACAACUGUGAGGAGCCCUGUGAGCCAUUCCCCAGGUUUUAAUGUCCCUCUGUAGGCACCCCACUGCCCUGGCUGCCCUGGAAGGCCUGGAUAGCCUGUCACCGACAUCUGGAACUGGAACUCUACAGGAACUGCAGCCCUGCGCUGUUGCCUUGUGGGCUGGGCAGCAACCGACAGGGGAUGGAGGGAAGGGCAAAGUGGUUUUAAUUCCAAUUAGUCCAUUUCCACAUUAAUUAUUGAAGGAUAAACUGUGGUAUAAUUAUUGUGUGUGUGUGUCCGUGUGUCUGCGUGUGUCUGUGUGAGGUGUGUGUUGGUCUCUGUGUGUCUCUGUGUGUUGGUCUCUGUGUGUCUCUGACACACGCAGACAGCGUGUGUCAGUCUGAGGUGUGUGUGCGUGUGAUAAGCAUUACAGAGCGUCAUGCCUGUUGCCAGGAGAAAGAGAGAAAAUGACUGAAGGAGCAAAAGAGAAAAAAAGAAUCAAUAAACGCAACCUUUAGAUAAAAAAGAGGGAAAGGUUAGACAAGAGCGUAGAGCCUGACCCCAAUCCAUUUCAACCAUGAGAGAACUGAGUUCAAACAUUACACUGUUGCCUGUGCGGUCUCUGUAACACACUGCGGUUGUCAAAGAUGUAAGAUGUUUUUUAUACCUGUGUGUAAAAUAGCUCUGUUGUAUAUAUGUUGUACAUAUUGAUAUUGUUUUUUUGUACUGUGGUUUGUCUCUGAAUGUCGCUGUUUUACUUUGCUCUAUUUGUCCUCUCUCUCCUUCCAUUCGUCUGGGGCUGCCAGCAGAUGUGGAUUGUAAUUAAAGUGCAUUUACUUCCCAAAUCCA